AUGUUGAAAGCCGGGAACAGUUUCGCGUUGGGACUCUCGAACAGCAUCGCGAUUGUUUUGUUCACCGAGCACGCAUCGUGCACCCGUCCGCUCGUCGUGGCGGUCGGCCGUACACUGGCCGCGCGCCCUCCCCGCGCCGUGACGUCACCGCGCUCUCUCCUCUCGCUCGCACCGCCCGCGCGCGACAGAGAGGCGUACACAAGUCCGCAGUAA